CGCGCGGACCUUUGUUUAAAAUUGUUUUGGUGCCAGUGAUUGAUAAGUACAAAAUAAGUACCAUUUUUGGUCAGAAUCUCAUUUUUUCAAUAAUGGUACAAACAUCACCAAACGCGAAGAAAAUUAAUCCACGUGACAAAUCAAAUUUUCUAUCCAAAAUAUUUUUUCUUUUUGCAUGCACCACAUUUCGAAAGGGAUAUAGAAAAUGCCUUCAAGAGGAAGACGUGUACGAAAUUGCGAAGGGUUACGAUUCUCCAACUCUGAGUACACUAUUAGAAAAUCAAUGGAAAAACGUCAAAGGGAAUAUGAAGAAUAGGUUGUUCAUUGCGUUGUUUAAAUCAUUUGGUGGCAUAUACAUGGCAUGGGGUCUUCUAUACUUAACCGCAGGCUCUGCAUUCAAGAUCUCUCAACCGCUACUGCAAGGAAAAAUUAUAUCCUACUUUGCCCCGGAUCAAACUGGAGUGACUGUGAACGAAGUCUGUUACUAUACCGGGUUAUUGUGCCUAUGCCUCCUCCUACAUACCACGGUGAACCAUUCCUACUCCUUUGGUAUUCGACAAGUUGUGUUAAAAAUCAAGGUAGCAGUGACCGGUUUAAUAUACAGGAAGGCACUAUCGCUGAGUGCAAGUUUCACAUCUAAAGACUCAAGCGGGCAGGCAAUCACUUUGAUUACCAAAGAUGUUGAGGCAUUCGAGCAUGCCAUGUUUCUGUUUCACAAGCUGUGGGUUGGAAUCAUACAAAUUUUCAUUGUCAUUUACAUCCUAUACGACCAAAUCGGGGUUUCCGCGUUAGUUGGCGUUUCGGCAAUUUUACUUCCGCUUCCAGUUCAAGGAUUCAUUGGGCAAAAGAUUAUGAAUUGGAAGAUCAGAGCGGGUCGAAACACUGAUCGAAGAGUGAAAAGCACCCAGGAGAUGCUGACGGCUAUUCGAACAAUAAAAAUGUAUACUUGGGAGCUGUUUUUUGAAAAAGCAAUUAUCGCGCUUAGAAAGAAGGAAGUUUUUAAUUUGCGAAUCUUGCUUUACCUCAAAGCUCUGAUUUUGUCUAUCGGAAUUUUAAAUGCCAAGCUUGGUCUUUACUUCUGCAUCAUUACCUAUGUCGCCUUAGAUAAUUACAUUACAGCCGAAAAGGCUUUCGUUGUUACCGGUUGUUUCGCCACCCUUCAGAACAACAUGACUAUAAGUAUUCCGUUGGCAAUCGCCUACGUAGCCGAGUUAAAAGCUGCCUUGGAAAGAAUAACAUCUUUCUUGGCAUUAGAAGAGAUCGGCACAAGGUCCGUUGCCAAAAACUUUUACAGUGAAAAACCGUACGUGAAUAUUCGAAAUGCGACUGUGAAGACAGAGGAUGGACAUGUUUUCAUUAACAAUGUUACCAUUCGCUUUAACAACGGACUAAAUUUGAUAACUGGGCCAAUCGGCUCGGGAAAAUCAACGCUACUACGACUGGUGUUGGGUGAGCUCGCCGAAACAUCUGGAUCGGUCGAGGUUUGCGGAAAUGUCUCAUACGCAUCUCAAGAACCUUGGUUGUUUCCUGGAUCUGUCAAGCAAAACAUCGUCUUUAAUGAACCCUGGAACGAAGAACGGUACAAGGAAGUCGUAAGGGUGUCCGCCUUAAGAAAGGAUUUUGAGGCUCUUCCCGUUGGCGACAUGACUUGCAUUACUGACAAAGGACUCAAUCUCAGUAGAGGGCAAAAGACGCGAAUAAACCUGGCGCGAGCUCUUUACAAAGUGGCGAACAUUUACUUGUUGGACGACUGCUUGUCUUCGGUCGAUGGGCAAGUGGGAAAGCAUAUAUUUUUCGAAUGCAAAGAAUUUUUGAAACGUGAAAUUUGUAUUCUUGUAUCGUACCAGGAAUUAUUUUUGAGAAAAUCUGAUAACAUCAUCAUUUUGAAAAAUGGAUGUUUGGAGUUUUACGGAAGUUAUGAGGGUCUCAAGGAUGGCGCGGAAGAGGAUUUAAAGUUCACGUUAAAUAAAUGCGAGAACCUAAUUGAUUACCAUGUGACCACCGAGGAAAUAGACGAAGAUGAAAGGUACCCACGUUCAUCUCCAAUUGAUGAGUUAAACGUUUAUAAAGAAAAUAUUAAUGAGGGAGCCGUUAGCUGUGAUGUCUACAAGACCUACGUGAAAGCCGGUGGCGGUGUGGCGCUGUUUGUGUUUGUUCUGUUGUUAGCAGUAGCUACACAAGGCAUCUUAAGUUGGAACGAUUACUUUGUUAGUUUUUGGGUCGAUAUGGAACAAGAGAUGUCCGGUUUUAGAUACAACCAAACCACGCAUUCUGCAGAAUUCAAGGCGUUGGAAAAAUCUAAUAAGCAAAUAAUGAUCCUAUAUUCCUUCGUGGUUUUACUCGGAGCUGUAUUCACCCUUGCAAAAUCUUUCUUGUUCUAUCACUUCACUUGCAAGGCAUCGACGAACAUACACAAAUUAAUUAUUAAAAAGAUUAUAAAUGCCAACAUGACGUUCUUCAACAACAAUUUAUCUGGAAACAUUCUCAACAGAAUGUCCAGGGAUUUGGCAAUAUUGGAUGAACGGCUACCUGCAACGUUAUUCUACCUUCUUAAGGUAGCUCUCCUAUUAAUCGGUUCUAUAGUCGUAAUUUGUUCGGUAAAUCCAAUAUUUCUUAUUCCAUCCAUUCUGUUUUUGGUUUUAUUGUACUACGGUCGCUGUUUGUAUAUUCCAACAGGUAGAAGCAUUCGAAGAUUGGAAGGAUCUACUCGUAGCCCACUUGUAGGACAUAUUAAUUCAACUUUGGAAGGACUGGCCACAAUUAGAGCGAAUGCAGCCGAAGAGACCAUGAAAAGUGAAUUCGAUAAACACCAAGACGUCCACAACUCCGUUCGUUACAUGAAUUUUGCAACUACUGAAGCUUUUGGAUUUUAUUUAGAUGCCAUAUCGACCAUCUACGUCAUUUGUAUUGUGCUGACAUUUUUAAUUUGGAAGACAGACACACUGGUUGGUCGAGUGGGAUUGGCCAUUACUCAAGCCUUCGGAUGGACUAAGCAAAUCGAAUGGACAGUGCGCCAGUGGGCCGAGAUUGAGAACCUCAUGACGUCAGGCGAAAGAGUCUUGGAAUACCAAACUAUUUCGGGCGAGGAUACGAACGGUGCGAAAAUCAAAGGGUGGCCAAGUGGCGGCGAAAUCGUUUUUACUAACGUAAGUCUCCGUUACAAUCAAGAUCACAAAUACGUAUUGCGGAACGUGAACCUGAUGAUCAAAUCUAAGCAAAGGAUCGGCGUCAUCGGACGAACAGGAGCCGGAAAGACCUCCAUUAUUUCAGCCCUUUAUCGUCUGUAUGACUAUGAAGGCGAUAUUACUAUCGAUGGUGUGAAUAUAAAAAAUGUAGAUGUACUUUUUUUAAGGAGGCGGAUAUCGAUUAUACCACAAGAUCCGGUUCUAUUCGCAGGCACCAUUCGUAGCAAUUUGGACCCCAAUGAGGAAUUUACGGAUCGAGAAUUAUGGAGGGCGCUUGAUGAGGUACAUCUGAAGAGAAUCGUUCUGGAUUUAGAGAUGCGUAUCUACGAGGGUGGUACCAACUUUAGCGUCGGGCAAAGACAAUUAAUUUCGUUAGCGCGAGCACUUUUAUGUGAUAACAACGUGUUGGUGUUAGAUGAAGCGACUGCUAAUAUGGAUCCGCAUACCGAUAAACUAAUUCAACAAAUAAUUAAGGAGACAUUUUGUAAUUGCACAGUUAUUACAAUCGCUCAUCGGUUGAACACCAUUAUGGACUCAGACAAGAUUCUAGUCAUGGACUCUGGCAAAGUGGUAGAAUAUGAUGCACCAGAAGCCUUGUUAAUUAACAGAGAGAGCGUAUUCUAUAGGAUGGUUCAAAAUAACGGAACAGUGCAGUAAUGCUGUAGGUACUGUAGAUGUAAAGAUUGAGUUUUUUUUAUAAACAAUUUUAGUGAUAUUUAUUCUCUCACCAUCAGUUGUGUAUUUUUCCCCUAGCAACUUGCCUUACAACGUUGAGUGAAAGGCUUACUUGAUUGACGUGUCGCUACAAUAUCCUUUUGCCACAAUUUUUGAUUUAAACAUUUUUUGAAUUACUCAUAACAACUUACUCAUUUUUGCCUGAAAAAACAAAAGAAAAUAAAGGUACACGCGCUUAAAUACAAAAGUAGUGACAUCACAGGGUCUCCGUAUUCACUACAUAGUGUAAUUAGCUACCUACUUAUCUCUAUUUAUGAUUAAUUUACAUACAAUGGCACAUCUAAAAUUGGUCCCAACCAACAUUUAUUUUUAAACAACAAACGAAACUUUCGAUUAUGAAUCCAGGCAUCAUACUUAUC